AUGGCCAUGACAUAUGUGGGGUUCCUACUGGAAGCUUGUAGAUUUAGUUUGACAUAUCCUGUAUGUGGUGUUCUCACCAUGCUCGCUAGUCUUGCAAAUGAAAUCUCUCCUCUCACACUGAUGGUGAUGUCUCUGGAGAGAUAUGUGGCGGUGUGCUACCCACUGAGGCACUCUACCAUCAUUUCUAACAGAAACACAGCUGUGUCUAUCAUUGUGCUUUGGGCCUUCAGUUCACUAAAUAUCCUCACUCAAGUCCUUUUACUGGUAGAGUUUCCAUUUGAAAACCUGGAGAGACUGCAGAUGAAAAUGUUUGGUGCCAAAAAACACAUGCGUCUUGGUCCAAUGUCUGAUGAAUAUGACAAAGGGUACACUUAUUUUAUGUUUGUACCAGCCAGUGUGGCAGUUGCUUCCUCCUAUAUUGGUGUGAUGAUAGCAGCCAGGUCGGCCUCCACGGACAAAGCGUUGGUUAAGAAAGCUCGAAACACACUGUUGUUGCAGCUGGGCCUCAGUCUCUCUUCAACUAUAACCAACCCAGUGCUCAGAGCUAUGUCACAGGUCUUGGAUAAGAUAACAGAGGUGCACAUUCACAUAGUUGUUUAUGUGUUCAUUGUCAUGUUUCCAAGAUGUCUCAGUGCCCUCAUCUAUGGCAUCAGAGACCAGACCAUCAGACCCAUCCUCAUGUUCCAUCUAUGGUGUCGCCAGAAACUCUCAGUCGUCCUAGCUGAACCUGAGGUCUCACACUAG